UGACUGAGUAAAAGAUCUUCAUACUUCACAGUCUGCUUCAGGACUCUGUCUUUACUCUCUUCUGAUGGAUUUACUCUCUUCUGGAAACUUCAGAGAAAUGUUGAUCAUCUUUGGACUGAUGCUGGUUCUGCUUCAGAUUGGCUCAUGUGAGGAUCGGAUCUGCAGUUUUAUUGAGACUAAACCCUGUUAUGCAGCUCUGGAAGGCAAACUCUGUCUGCAGAUGAUUCAGGAUAAUAAUAUAUAUAAACUACACUUACUGAAAGAAAACAAUACAAUUUGUAGAAUAGCGAAGGACAAAAUGGUUAAAUAUGGUCUUUAUAACAGAUCUGACGUUUUCCUCAGUAAUGGCAUUGUGAUUAUAAACAAUGUGACCAGAGCAGAUUCAGGGAGAUACACAUUAGAGCUUUAUGACUUACAGGGCAAACUAAAAUCUACUACAGGACUUCAAGUGAAUGUUGAAGCUCCUAUUGGCUCAGUGAAAGUAUCAAUCGAAUGCAUCAGUGGGGUGAGGUGGGCAUACUGCUUCUCUGAUGGGGAUUCAGUCUUCUUCAGCUGGACUCUGAAUGGACAACCACUAGCACAAGAAAAUAAGACCACCAUUAAUCUGAAUGGGGAAACUUCUGGAAACCUCAUCUGUAGCGUAAAGAACCACAUCAGUCAUGAAGAGAAGAGCAUCACUGUAAACUAUUGUCCUGGUUCAGUCUCUCUGACGUUUGUGAUAGUGUGGACCUUACAGAUGAUAUUUCUUCUGCUUCUGUUAGGAGGCUUUCACAUCUACAUCAGAAAGCGCACCAGCACACAAACACCAGGAGAAAAAAAGCAAGAAGAUAUUAUUCUGUAUGAAAACUUAAACAAGGUUACAGAAUAACAUCGACAGAAUAAAGAAGAUAUCAUCACUUAUAUGAGAAAUAAUUGUAUAAUGUCAAAGAUUUUCAUAUUAAUGGAGCUUUAACCUUGUGCACCAGCCUUGGAUAUUAUGAUAUUAUUAUUAUGACUUCUUUUAAUUUCUUUAAAUGUUCAUGUACAAUAUUGCUUAAGGUUGUGUCUUUAUCAGGUGAUUAAAGGGAUAGUUCAGACAAAAAAUAUGUUAAACCCAUUAUUUACUCACCCUCAAGCCGUCCAAGAUGCAUAUGUCCAUAAUGUUUCAGAUUUUCAGUUAUUUUAGAAAAUGUUUUAGAAAAUUGUUUUUACAGUUUUUCUCAAUUGCUAAAACACUAAACCCUAUUGUCUGAACCAAAUGCUCAGUUGCCUGAACCCACUGAUUAAAUCAAUCACUUUUUUGGCAAAAUAAUAAGCACUUUUCACCUGUUUAGACACAACUUGCCAACACAUUUUCAUUGUGAUGCACCCAUUGUGCAUAAUGGUGAACACAGGUGACAAAAGUCAAACACAAUUAAAGCACAAGUGUCACCACUUGAACACAACAACUCAAAAUUGAUCACACUUGUGGCUAAUGAUAUGAGGGAACAUACUGUAUACAGUAAGCCAGUUCAGAGAGCACUGGUUUGUGAGGCCUUCAAUGGAUAGAAAUCUGAGAGGAAGAGUUUGUGUGAGAGGAGGUCGAGGUGAUCAGCAAAGACAAAGACAAAGAACAGUAAUAUCUGAUGAAAUCAGAGCUACUGUGAUUGACCAUGUUCUGCAUAAGAUUUCUGUUUUGUCUUUUUGUACCAGUGCUAAAUGCACAGUUUUUUGUUUUGUUUUGCAACAUGCAUUUAGCCUACAGUAAACAAUAAACAUUUAUUUCUCA